ACUUGCAGCAACCAUGGGAGAAGUAGACCCAGCUUUCAUCCAAGACCCACAACACAGGCCGAAGCUUUCUAGCAUACAAGCUGAAGGAAUUCCCGUAAUAGACCUUUCUCCAAUAACCCGCCACACAUUUUCUGACCCUUCUGCUAUUGAAGCCUUGGUGAAGGAGAUUGGAAGUGCAUGCAAAGAGUGGGGUUUCUUCCAAGUAAUAAAUCAUGGGGUACCCUUAAUUCUUAGGCAGAGGAUCGAGGAAGCCUCAAGGUUGUUCUUUGCACAGAGUGUGGAGGAGAAGAAGAAGGUUAGCAGAGAUGAGAGCUCUCCGGUUGGUUACUAUGACACGGAACACACCAAGAACGUUAGGGACUGGAAAGAAGUGUUUGAUAUUGUAGCCAAAGAUCCCACUUUCAUUCCUGUUACUUCAGAUGAACACGAUGAUCGUGUUACUCAGUGGACUAAUCUAUCACCUCAAUACCCUCCAAACUUCAGGGUUAUAGUACAAGAGUAUAUUGAAGAGAUGGAAAAGCUGUCCUUUAAGUUGAUGGAGCUUAUAGCUCUAAGCUUAGGCCUUGAGGCAAAGAGGUUUGAAGAAUAUUUCAUCAAAGAUCAAACAAGCUUUAUUCGACUGAACCACUAUCCUCCAUGCCCUUACCCUGAUCUAGCUCUUGGUGUUGGUCGACACAAGGACGGUGGAGCCUUAACCGUUCUUGCCCAAGAUGAGGUUGGAGGACUUGAAGUGAAACGUAAAGCAGAUCAAGAAUGGGUGCGUGUCAAACCUACGCCAGAUGCUUAUAUAAUCAACGUCGGUGACAUUAUUCAGGUUUGGAGCAAUGACGCCUAUGAGAGUGUAGAACACAGGGUUAUGGUUAACUCUGAGAAAGAAAGGUUUUCCAUUCCGUAUUUCUUCUUCCCUGCACAUGACACCGACGUUAAGCCUUUGGAGGAGCUCAUAAAUGAACAAAACCUUUCAAAAUACAGGCCAUACAAAUGGGGCAAGUUUCUUGUCCACAGAAAGAGCAGCAAUUUCAAGAAGAAAAAUGAGGAGAACAUUCAGAUUUAUCAUUAUAAGAUAGCUUAAAGGAUAAGAUAUU